AUGCGGCUAUAUAAGACAUUGAUUUCACAAAUGUCGACUUUGAAGAAGGCGUUAAUCUCUUCAGAAGCUCGGUCGUGCAAUCACCUGCCGUGGGACGGGGCCUCUCCAAGACCAAACGGAGAAGGCCUCACUCAUACGCCACGCGCUUCUCAUUCAUACUUGCAUGAGAGAUCCCCGACGCUCGAUGAAUGCCAGUGCCUUAAGAAACGGGUUCGGCGUUCGGCAACCGCUCUGCCAUCGCAGUUGCAGGAGCACAUCAUAUUCCAGAACUCUGUGUAA